AUGAUGUUUAAUAAUGAUAAUAAUAAUACAAUAAACAUUACAUCAGAAUCACCAACAUCAAUCAUCAUUGAAUUAGUACAUCAUCAUCAACAUCAUCAAAAAUAUUAUCAAUCCAACAAAAUGAUACCAUCAUCCCCAAUUAUACAACAACCUCAGCAGCAACAAGAGACAUUGACAUCCAUCAACAAUGAUUUAUUAAAUUCAAAAGUCAGUUUAUUAAAUAUCCAAGACAAUUAUGACAACGAUGAAUUAUCUUCACAUCAUGAUGUGAUGCCUUGUCGAUCCAUUCCGUCAUCUUCUAUGGCUUCAUCUACCAAUGGUUGUGGAUUUAAAUACCCAGAAGAAGAGGUGAUUAGAGGACAAAAGGAACAAGAAGAGGAAGAGGAGGAUAUAUUAAUUGAAGAAGAGGAUGCAGAUUCAUCAUCUUCUACAACUAGUAGUUGCAGUUCAUUGCCAUACACAAGUGUAGUAUUGCAAUCCAACAACAACAACAAUAAUAAUAAUAAUCCAUUGUCAGCAUCUUCAUCUUCAAUAUCAAAUAAUAAUAAUAACAAAUCAACUCCACCAAUGAAUAUAUUGGCACCCAACUCUUUAUACCAAGUUUGUAAUACAAAGAGAAAUUUAAUAUCAACUUCUCCAAUUCUCUUUUCAAUUUAUUCAAAUCAUUCAACACCACAAACACCAUUACUAUUAUCACAACAAUUAACUUUACCACCAACUGUCACAAUAACUUCCCCCAGCAAUAAUAACAAUAACAAUAUUAAUACACCGACACCUACAUCAACUAUACCAAACAAACUUGUACAUUCUACUAGUAGUGAUGAUGAAAGUGUUGGAUUCAUCAACCAUCAAAAUCAAUUGGAUUCAUCAUUUACAGAUGAAGAUGAUUUAUUAGACAAUACUAGUAGUAAUGGUGGUGAUAGUGAUCAAGAUGACGAUGGAGGAGAUGAAGUUUCAGGAUUAUUGGUAGUACCAACCACUCCAUCUUCAUCUUCCAACUUGUCAUUAUCAUCAUCAGAGAUUAGAAAACGAAGUAUAUCGAUAACAUUUCCAGAUUUAACUCUGUUAUCUCACCAGGUGGCAGGUCAGUGCCCCCUACUUAAACUACCAGAUGGAAAGGUUUUAAAGCCUUUGGUGCCAACAGAAUACCAAUUCUACAAAUCGUUGGAACAUCAUUCAGAAUUUAUUGAUUUCACACCCAAAUUCUUUGGUAUCGAUCAUUUUGGUUUGGAUCAUGAGUAUUUGGAACAAUCCUGUAAUAAACAAUCAACUAUAUUUAAUUAUGCUCAUUGGAGAAACAAAAUAAUUAAAUUACCAAAAGAAAAUCAAAAUUUGUAUAUAAAAAUAGAGGAUUUAACAUUCUCAUGUAAAUAUCCAUGUAUACUUGACCUUAAAAUGGGAGUUAGACAACACGGUAGGGAAGCACCAGCUGAAAAGGUUAAAAAGAUGGUGGAAAAAUGUAAAGCGACGACAUCGUCAUCGUUGGGUUUUAGAGUAUGUGGACUCAAGGUUUAUAACCUACCAAAUGGGGAAUACUCGACAUAUGACAAAUACUAUGGACGUAGUUUGACCGACCAAGACAUACCUCUUGUAUUGUGCAGGUAUUUGGAUAACGGUCUUAGAAGUCGUCUCGAGUUGCUACCAUUGAUCGCCAAACGAUUGGGACAAAUCAUUUCAUUGUUUGAACAACAACAAUGUUACAAAUUCUAUGGAGGUUCUUUAUUAUUUAUUUACGAUGGUCAAAGUACCAACGCUGCAGACGCAAAAUUAAAUAUUAGAAUGGUUGAUUUUGCUCAUGCUCAUCCAACUUCAACUUCAAAUAUUAAUCAUAAAAAUAACAAUAAUAAUAAUAGUAACAGCAACAACAAAAAUCAACCGCCUCCAAUCGAUGAUGAGGAUUCAGUUUUGGAUGAAGGCUAUUUAUUUGGUCUUCGUAAUCUAUUAAAAUUGAUAAAUACUCUUAUCCAAGUUUCAAAUAAUGCAAAUAAUUUAAAUACUAUUUAA